AUGGGGGCGGCCUCUUGCAGCCAUGAGGUGCCGGAAAGGCCGCUUGCUGGCUCGGAGCCGGAGCCGAGCUGUUGCGAUGCCUAUCUGCAGGACGCUUUGGGCCCUUUGGGCCUAGGCUCCGAUGCCUCCCAGCAGGGCUCCCGGGGCUCCCGUGCUGGGCCCUCACCACGGCCCUCACGCGAGCCGGACGGGUCGGAGAUGGGCACCCUGCAUGUGGACGGAGUGGGCAGAGCUUCACGGCGGACCACCGUGAUGGGUGGUCGAUCACUUCAUCAGCAGACCGGCUUCUUCGUGUACGAAGGCAAGCUGAAGGAAGCAGAGUGGCUGACGGUGGCCGUUGAGAAAAUGUGGAAGUACAUCGGCUUGUCCAUCGAGAAGCUCCUCAAGGAAGACAUCACGGCCCUGAUCAAAGAUGAGGUUCCCAUGAUGAACUCUUUCCAGUUCAGCAAGUGCAACUUCGGAAGCCAGUCUCCGAACUUUGGACCUUUGAAGGUGCGUGCAAAGGACAACUGCGUGGAGCUGCUGAUCGACAUGCACUGGACCGCAUCUGGCUCCGAGAUCGAGGUGACCGUCGGCAAGAUGAAGCUGGGGAUGAAAGACAUCAAGCUCAACGGACCCAUCCUUUUGGUCUUCUGCCCUCUGAUGGGGGAGUUGCCCAUUACUGGCGGCAUGAGCAUCACCUUUCCGGAUCCACCAGAGCUGACGUGGAAUUGGACCGGGUUGGGCAAGGCCCUGGCUGUCGACGUCAUUCGGAAGGGGAUCGUCCAUGCCAUUUUCCAAACCCUCGUGGUGCCAAGCCGUGUCUACGUGGACAUCGCCGGCCUCGCCAGCAACCGACAAGAAGAGAUGCGAGUGGAAACCUUCCGAUCGCCGGCGCCCAUAGGAGCCCUGCACUUGGCGGUCCUGGAGGCUCGAAAUCUGCCUGCAGCCGACUUUGGCUUCACGGGUAAAGGCUCCUCGGACCCUUACGUCAUCAUCAAGAUUGGGAACAGCAGCUUCCAGACAAAGUGUCAGGCCAAGACCCUGGAUCCUGUUUGGGGCCCGGCCCAUUCCUGCGAUCUCUUGGUCUACCACAUGGAGCAGCACAUCUUCGUCGAAGUGUGGGACAGUGACAUGGUUACAUCCGACGAUCUGCUUGGGCAUGUGGAGAAGAAGGGCAAGAGGCCCACGGUGGCGGACUUUGUGGAGAAGUCGGAGAAGGAGACCUGGUGGACGCUGAAGACAGAGUCCGGAUCUGAAGAGAACCCGCCGCAGAUCAAGCUUCGAUGCUUCUUCCGGGAGGUGCCGGAGGUCGACUGCAUCGAGGCGAUCCCGGUGAACUGCAACAAGCGCUGCGGCCUCGUGGAGGUCGCGGGACACAGCAAAGUACGGCCCAAGACCUGCUCGCUCUGCGGCAGCAGCUUCGCCAAGACCUGGGAUCAGCUCUGCUGUGGCGGUGCCCCCGUGUAUGAGGGCCAGGAGUGCAGGAAGUGCAACUUCCGCUGCUGCGCAACGUGCCUCAGCAACCGGCGCCCGGCAGCAGGAAUCCUUCGGAUCUGCCUCCGUGAGGGCUUGGUACCCCCUGGCGACGCCGCAGACGGAGUGAUCCUUGGGGUGAAGUUCGAGAACGAAAUGCUAUGGUCCAAGUCCUCCUACAAGCCCCUUUACGUGGAUGAAUCCGGCCGAAGUGAAGCACAAAAGUGGAUUCGGAACCUGUGUGCCAGGUUCGACAAGGCUUCUAUCAGUAAGUGCCUGGGAAUGAAGCCCGACAAGAUCCAGGAGGUCUUGGACAUGAGUAUUCCCGAAGUCAAGCAGGGGGAAUCGGACCUACUGCAGCAGGAGCCAGUGAUUUGGGACCAUGCGCUCCACUUCCUAAUCCGGAAUCCUCACAGCGAGAUCUCCGCCACGGUCAUCUACAAGGGCAAGUCUGCGAAAGUGGAGCGCCACGUUGCGAUCCUGUCGGGCAAGAAGUUGGCAGCUGCAAAGAAGGCCGCCCUGCGCUUGGUAGGCAACGGCAAGACGAAGAUGCAGCCACAGGCUUUUUCCGAUUCAGGCAGCCUCGCCUGCGAUUCCAACUUGAUGGAAGCCACCUGGACCUUGGACUUGGACUCCAAGCACACCGCCGACAUCUUCGUGGAGGCACGUGCUGGCCAAAUGUCUGCACGGCUGGCGGCAGUGCUCUUCGAGGCGGCGCCGCGCUUGGGCCGCCGGGCAGCGCCGAUGCCAGGCCCGGCUGCAGGAGCGCAGGCUUCUCCGGAGCCAUUUCGGCAGAUGGCUUGUGGUUUGCAGAGUCUUCGCCGACAUCUUUGGCCGCUUUUCGAAGGCGUGCACCGAGCUGUGGUGACAACGCUGGCUUUUUACAGAUGGCGCUGCUGGUCGCGAGGGCAGGAACGCGUGGUGGAGGUCGAGCCCAACAUCUACUCGCGCGACUCGUGCCCAGUGUCGGUGCGGAUGUUGCAACAAAGAGCCGAAACAGAGCUGGCCUUCCGGGCCUGGCGCAGCCUUCCGCGACGACGGGAGGCCAGCAGAAAGAGUGGCGCGAAAUGGAUGGAGGCCUCUGCCGCUUCCGAGCUCUGGGCCUGGGCGGCACGGCUGCACGCGCAGGUGGCCCGUGCGCGGCUCGCGCGGCGCGCCGCCCAAACGCGGCAGGCCGCUGGCCUUCCAGCGCCCACACAGCAAACACUCCAGAGCAUCAUUGAAGAUGUGUUGGCGCAGGCGCGCACUGCCGCGCUGUUGGCAGCCUGGCGAUGGGUGGUGCAGGAUGCCGAACCCCCUGAGCCGCCCGAGCGCGGCCAGGACGCGGGUCGAGAAGCACGUGAAGUGCUGAGCCUGUGCCAGAUGCUGGAGUGGCAGAACGCUGACAUGCAGUCUCUGCUGCAAGAACGUGCCAUGGAAAACGCACGUUUGGAGGCUGAACUUCGAAAGCAGACUUCGCCACUCCAAAGAUGA